GGACCCGGAACAUUUGCUCUACAUAUUACCAAAACAGAACUCGGUGAUACUGCAUUUUACUACUGUCACCAAGUGGUUGAACUACAGACAACGUUUUUCAAUAAAACCUUCCUGAGAGUCAAAGGACCAGAACCUGAUAUCACUGCCGUCAUACAAGAGCGUACAUCUGAUCCAGUCUGUCCAGGAGGCUCCGUGACUCUGCAGUGUUCAGUCCUCUCUGACUCUGAGAAGAAAACGUGUCCAGAAGAACAGAGUGUGUACUGGUUCAGAGCCGGAUCAGAUGAAUCUUAUCCUAGUGUCAUUUAUGCACAUGGAACCAGUGAUGGAUGUGAGAAGAGUCCUGAGGCUCACUCUCCACAGAAAUGUGUCUACAGCUUCUCUAAGAACGUCAGCUCCUCUGAUGCCGGGACGUAUUACUGCGCUGUGGCCACAUGUGGAGAGAUAUUAUUUGGAAAUGGAACCAAACUGGAUAUUGAAGACUCCAACAUGUCGUUUGGCGAUUGUCAUUGGGCCAAUACAAUUCUGUGUUUGUCUUGUGCUGCGUUGGCUAUAAGUUUGAUUGUUAUAGCCUUACUGAUAUACGCCAUCAAGAAGAAAAAGCAGAUGAAGACUCGUUGGUUUAUUCUGUAA